UUUAUUUUUUAUUUUAUAUGGACCUUUCUAUUGUUUUCAAACAGCACGUAUGGUUUUGCUGAUUCUUUAUUUUUUGCACCUUUGCCUCCCUGUUCUUGCAAUAUCUAUACAUAGGUUUGUAUUUCUUAUUAGUAUUUUCAUACUACUCAUGGCUUGUGUUUACCUUUUAGUCUGAAACACUAGGAUUCUGUCACAUAUUCAUGAAAUAGUGAUGCUCUUGAUAAAAAUAAAUCUGUUGCUGUUGGAAACUUUGUAAUGGGAUAGUGUUUUCUUCUAAUGUAUGCUAAAACUUGCUUAUGAAAUCAACUGGAACACUAGAAGCCUUUCAAGCAAUAUUCUGUGAAAAUAAUUUAGAGAUAUAACUGCUUAAAUUUCUUAAACCAUGUUCUGUUGUCAAUAAAGAUAAAAAUAAAUUUAUGGUUCUCUGUAUUGAAUGUUGGAUUGUUGCACUUAUACCUAUUCAAAUCUUUAAAUACAUAAUUUCAGUAAGAUAAACAUGAAUUAAAUCUUUCAGUCUUUAAUUUACAGAAUAAUUUUAGUGCAUUCAUUUUUAUAAUAAGGUAACAACUUUCCAUCUAAUUCCUCAAGUAUUUUUUUUUUGUCUUUUUUAAUUUUCAUAGAAUUUGUCAAAAUAUGUUUGGUAAAUAGUGUUUGAAGAUAUCUAGAUUUUUAAGAGAUAAGACAUUGUUAGGUACAGAACCAGAAAUCAGGGUAAAAAUGUAAUCUUUAUUUGUAAAAAAUCAAUCUCUGCCCUAGUAUAGUAUCUACGUAAUACAGACGGAUAUGUUGUACAUAAAAUUCUCUCCUUUAUCAAGAUAUUUGAGAAACCUUCCUCCCAAUUUCUAUCAGUUGUCAAUUGACUCUAGCUAGCCACCCCUUUAUCACCUGUCUUUUCUGAAGAGAAAAAGUUAUUUUGUGAACAAAAGUAAUUUCUAAUACUAAAUAAAAGUAGUACUACCACUCUUGUCCUUCCAAACCAGGCACUAAGAGACACUUAAUUACUUGAAUAGGUGAUAUGCAUUCCUAGUUACUCUUCUUACCCAUAUUAGCUUUAUCGUCACAUUUUCAACAUUUUAGUUGCUUUCACUUUGUUAAUGGCCCUUGGGUAAUAAUGUCGAGCCCACUUAUCUUUCUCAAACAAGGGUGAGUAAGAGGUUCUAUGUAAUUAACUCAUUAUAUGAGUGGUAGUAUUGGACCAAGAGUAGAAUGAAAAUUAGGAAAAAUUAGAACGUGUAGUAUUAUUCAGUGGACGUCCAUAUUCUCAAAGUGAUCCAGAGAUAGGAGAAGAUCCUGGUCCUCUCCCAGUCUGCUGAGGAGAUCCCAAACAUCCAAGAUCUGUAUAAGGAGUGGAUCGUACCUAGAUUGUCUUAACAUGGCUCGAAAGAAAGAAGAGAGACUUUGUGAAGCCCUAAAAAAGAUUGAGCCAGAUGAAUCUUCUGAAACAACCCACGAUCCUGAGAUAUUGACACCGGAAGAGCACUUUUUCUUCUUAAAGAUGGGCCUUAAAUGCAAAAAUUAUGUGCCAGUUGGAAGGCGAGGAAUUUACCAAGGUGUAAUUUUGAACAUGCAUCUACAUUGGAAAAAACAUCAGACCUUGAAAGUAGAGGUGAAGACAUUUUCAGCAGAGGAAGUUAAGGACAUUGCUGUUGAGCUGGCGAGAUUGACUGGAGGUAUAGUGCUUGACAUUCAUGAAGAUAACACAAUAAUAAUGUACAGAGGGAAAAACUACUCCCAACCUCCAACAGAGAUUAUGUCUCCUCGAGUGUCUCUUUCGAGAAAGAAGGCAUUGGAUAAAUCCAAAUACAGGGAUGCUCUCCGUGCUGUGAGGAGACAUAUUCCAAGACUAGAGCAAGAACUUGAAAUUCUGCAAGCGCAAUUCAAAAGUGCAGCAGAGAGUAAUACAUAUGCUUCUGACGCAAUCCAGGACAUUGACAGAGAGAGAAUUUCAAAUUUUCAGUUAGACAAUUCAGAUAAACACCAAGAGUUGAUAGAUGAUAACAUUGGAUGCACAGAAGAUGAGACAGAUAAUGACUCUGAGUUGGAUUCUGAUUCCGAUAAGUUAUCAGAUAUAUUUGAGACAGAUUCGGAUGUAGAGAAUUUCACCAAAGAGGAAAAACCUCUUUAUUUGGACGAGUUUGAUAAGUUUCCAGAGCAAAGCAAUGGAGAAACAAUUGAUUUUGAGGAGCAUCUACGACAAAUGUCUCUGAAUUCGAAAAAUAUGGAAAAGGACCAAGACUUACCAAAGCUGGAUGAAGUUGACAGGAUUUUUCUACAUGCCACAUCCUUUUUAAAGAAAAAAACAAAAUGAGAAAUUUGCUAAACGCAGAGUGUUGUAAUCAUCAUACUUAAAGAAAGAGUAGCCUUACAGAAAUUACGAUGUACAACCAUGAAUGGCUUUUCUAAAUUACAAAAGUUUUAGAUUUA